AUGUCGCCCCUCAGCCCAGUCCCAUCCAGCAAACAGCCCCAGUCCAAGCGGGCCAUGCUGGGAAGCGUCUUCAACCAGAUCACCGAGAUCACCAACAUCAACAACUUGCGGCAGUUUCAGGCAACCUAUGACCCUCGCCAGGCUCCAGAAACUCUCAAGCUGCAACUGCUCAUCAAGGCACAAAAGAGUCUCGUAGUUGAUUCCGAAACUAUAGCCCGAGACUCGCACUUGGUCUCCAAACAGCUCUAUCUCUGGGCCUGCGAACAGCCUGACCAAGCACUCAAGGACGUCGGCGAUCGAUUGGCGUACAUGAACUACCAAGUCGGAGACCUCCAACAACAGUGUUCUAAAACCUUGGAAAAGUCUAGAACCGAUCUGAAAGAGAUUCGAAACUUGGAGAAUGAGUUGCUUAAACUGCGCGAUCGAGAAAAGGCGCUACAAACCCAAAUUAAUAAGCAGCUACAAGAUCCACGACAGAAGCCAGACACGAGCGAGAGAAUCAGCUCCAUGACGGCCGAACACGCCACAGUAGUCAACAAGGUGAAAGAGACCGAAGCGAUGAUUCCAGCCCACAAGCGACGAUUGAUCAAGAGCUCUUAUCGAACCCAAUUUGAGGCGCUGCGUGAGCUGGGCGAUAAGCUGAUGAUCAUCAGCCAGUUCGGCGACCUCUUGCUCGACGAACUCCCAGAGGACCCUCAUCUCCAAUACACUGGCGAGGACCGCACUGCUCAGAUCAAGGGCGCAGCUUCUCAAACCCUGUCGGACUACCAUGGCCCCGUAUUCUCAACACCUAAUAAUCAUCUUGCUAAUUUUCAGCUCGAUAGCUCUUCUCAGGUGGCCGGGGGUUCAUCCUCACUGCAUCGUGCAGACACUCGAUUGUUUGGUGAAACUCAUCCGCAUGUGCUAGCUGACGUCGCGAACGAUUCGCAUGGAGCUUCGAAUAUUGGAUCCUCUAGUGCUCACUCGACAAGGCCAGGCAGCAGCACGACGACAGCAGGGAUCCUACCGGUGAACCACCAGCCCGCCUCCGUCCCGUCGUCCCAGCCGCCCAAGUUACCCAACAGACCUUCGCCCGCGUUCGCGGAGAGCAGCAGCCAAGCAGGAGGCAGUGGGGGCGAGAAAAAUCACGCUUUCUACCCGGCGCCUGAGCUCGAACACGGCCAGCCGACCAUCGCUGAGGUCGGCGCGCAUGUCCCGACGACCACCAAUGGCCCGGCCCAGGGUGUCCUCCACCCUCCACAUUCCCAUCAUCAUCAGGACCAACAGCAACACCAGCCUCAAGACCCGGAACAACCACCUGCUUACAGCCCUGUCCCGCCUGAGAAGCCUUGA